AUGUCCAAGGAUAUGGACACACGUUUCCAGAGACAUACACAAUGUGGAGUGAGGGGGGUUUGGAAUUCUGAGUCUCAUCAACGUCUCAUCAAGUUUGAGUUUGCCAACAUGAAUUUCUUAGUACGAUUUGAAGCUGAUGGUUAUCUUCCCGACUUGAUUCCCGGAAAUUUGAAGACCCAGGAAGAACCUGUCCAUAUCAAGAGUCAUAUGGAGCCUGAAGAUCUCCUUUCCUCUAUCAAAGCAGCUUCAAUCUCAAUUGAUCCCUCGGAAACCAGUGAACAAGAGGCAAUUGAUCUGAAAAUUUCCAAGGGAGGCCGCUAUAUUCCGCAAUGUGCGAUCUUUGACCUGAAAACGCGAUCCGUUAAGAAAGAACAUAUUGACACCCUCUCAGAAGAGAUGGGUCGGUUGUGGAUCAGACAAAUUCCCAACUUCAUUCUUGCCUACCACAAGUCUGGGAAGUUCGAUGAUAUCCGAGUCCAGGACGUGCGGGAAAAUAUGAAACAAUGGGAAGAAUCAGAACAGCCAGACUUGCAGAGAUUUGCCACUUUGCUGCAGACCAUCAUAUCCUUCGCUCGUAGCACAGAGAAUGAAAGACUUGAGCUUGAGCAUGGUGCUGAUGAGGAAGUUCUGAACAUUCGAGUUCCUGGUGGAAUUGUGAACAGUGUAUUGCCGCCAGCCUUGGCAGACCGGUGGAAUGCUCGUAGUGGCUCUGUUACGAACUCUUAG